AGGCUCUGUCUCAAAAAAAGAAAAAAAAGUAUCUACCACCUAAUUGCUUUCAAGAAUUGCUCAUUGAUGGAAUCAGAAACAUAAAGUGUGAUAUUUUAAGUAAAUGUUACGUAAGUGAAGAAGGGCAAUACGUCAGUGAAAUACCUUUGAACGCUCCUCAUACCGUAACUGAGUAUGUCUGCAAAAGUCUAAAAUAAAGUCACAGUAAGUAGAUGCCCACUGGGAAGACUACAUUUCCCAGAAAUCUCUGGGACACGCAACUCCCAAGCACCCCCUGGGCCGCUGACAUCUCCCGGAAGCGUGCACAUGCAAGCAGCAGGCAACCCGUCAUGGCUGCCAGGCGCCUCUUCGGUGCUACCUGCACGUGGGCCGGCUGGGGGGCUCGGACGCUUCUAGGCCCUGCCGCUCCUGGAAAACUCCUGAUCCGAGAUUAUGCCAAGAAACCAGUCAUGAAAGGAGGCAGAGGGGGUAAAGGUGGUGUAGCCAGUGAGAGCCUGAAGGACCCUGAUGUGUGCACGGACCCUGUCCGGCUCACCUCGUAUGCAAUGGGCGUCAACAUCUACAAGGAAGGCCAAGAUGUGGCCCUGAAGCCAGACGCAGAAUACCCCGAGUGGUUAUUCCAGAUGAACCUGGGGCCCCCCAAAAAGCUAGAGGAGCUGGAUCCUGAGACACGGGAGUAUUGGCGGCUGCUGCGAAAACAAAACAUCUGGCGCCACAAUCGCCUGAGUAAGAACAAGAAGUUCUAGCAGGGACAGGCCAGAGCACCCUGAAGGAGGGCCCAGUGGGACACAGUAUCCUACCCCCACCACCGAGGACUUUUUGCUUUUCUGGAAAAAACGUACUUGAGGUUUCUGUGUGUCUCCCUCCCACUCCCAGUAAGGCUGGAUGCUGGAUACUGCCUAAUAUUGGGCCUGCAGGGAGGUGGCUCCUCAGACUAAGGUGUCCGCAUCCCCUUGGGUUCUCAGUAGGCUUUUCUCCCUGGGUCCUGGAGUUCCUUCACUCUGCCUGGGGGGCUCUCACUGAAAGCCUCUGGGGCAACUUACAGCCCAGGGAUCUUGCAGUCACCACCCACAUCUACUCAAAGAAGGGGAGUGGUCCUAGCUAAACCUUUCUCGGUUGCCAUGGAUUCAGGUCCAAAGCCAUCAGAAUCAGAAAAGAGUCUGGGUCUCCAAGAACUAAAAUGACAUUCAGACUCCAAGACUAAUUCUGCCCUGUCCCAAGGAAACUCAUCCUCUUAGAGGGACUCUGUGCAGCAGAUUAUUACGUACUUGCCCGCCCUGGGCAGGUGGAGGGUGUGAGCAUGUUUUCUCUGUUGUUCCCUAAAGGCCAUGCUGCCCGCUGCCUCCUUCCUGUGGUUCCCCACAGCUCUCAGGGUAAAAACCAAAGUUAUAAUGGCUACUAUACACCUGCUCUCCCCUCCUUCUCUCCCCUCCUUCUCUCUCUCUCUUCCUUCUGCUACAGCCAAGGGCCUCAUUGCUGUACCUCCACACUAGGCAUGGUCCUACCCCAGGGCCUUUUGCAGGGGCUGUGCCGUCUACCUGUAUCAUUCUUCUCUCAUCUCCUUCGGGUCUCUGCUCUAAUGCCACCUUCUCCUUGAGGACUACCUGUUCAUCCUAUUAAAAUCACAUCUGCUACA